UAUUAUUGAUAAACUAUAAAGUCCUAAAUCAGUCAAAGCCUUGAAUGAAUGAAAAAUGAAUAUUGAUGAGUUUUUCACGGACUUCAAACGCGAUAUUCAAGAAAUAAGACAGUGUAGAAGAAAGACACUGCGAGCUAGGAAAAAAUAUAAAAUGAGGUUCAAUCCUCUAAACAUGCCGGACGAUACUUUCAGACUAUACUAUAGAUUUACUAAGCAGAACAUGCUGAAAAUUGUUGAUUUACUACGAAAUGAUCUAGAAGUGGAUUUGCGUGGGGGUGGAGUUCCAGUUGAACUGCAAGUGAUGGCAGUUAUUAGAUAUUGGGCUCGUCAUGGGAUUCAAGAGAACUGUGCUGACAUCCACGGAAUAAGUCAGCAAACGUUGUCGCGCUUAGCUCAAAAAGUUUCUAUCGCAUUAUGUUGUAAAAGUUCGCAGUAUAUUAAAAUGCCAGAAAAUUUUACAGAGGAAUCAACCAUUAUGCAUCAAUUUGAGGAAAUAAGUGGCAUGAAAAACAUAACUGGUGUCUUAGAUUGUACCCACAUCAAGAUCCAAAAAAUAAGUGAUAAUAAUGGUCAAUCUUUUAUGAACAGUCAGGGACAGUACUCAAUUAAUACACAAAUUAUCUGUGAUGCCAAUCUGAAAAUACGAGAUAUUGUAUGUCGCUGGCGAGGCAGUACCGACGAUGCAAAGAUAUAUAAUGAUAGCUCAAUUAAGAGGCGUUUUGAAGAAAAUGAAUUUGUUGGAAAACUAAUUGGUGAUUGUGCAUAUCCCUGUACCCCACAUCUUCUCACACCAGUUCUCAGACCUAUAACUCAAGCAGAAGAAAGAUAUAAUCAAAGUUUCUUUGAAACUCAUAAUGUUGUCCAACAAUGCAUGAGUGUUUGGAAGGAAAGAUUUCGAAUUUUACAAGAUGUCAUUAGGGGCUCAUUAAACACAGCCAAAACAACUGUAGUUGCUUGUGCAGUACUACAUAAUAUAGCAAUGCAAUUAAAUGAACCAAUUCUCAAAGACACAGGUCUAAUGAAAAGUGAGACUGCUAUAGUUGAAGAACCAAAUUUAUUUGUUGAUGAUGGGAAUGAUAUACACAGAAACCAGUACAUAGAGGAGUAUUUUAAUACAUAAGAAAAAAAAUUUUUCUUAGGACAGGAAAAGCUAUGAGUCAAAGCAGUUUAGAUUAGAUUAAAACAAUGCUUCAAGAUAUAUAUAUACCUUAUAUAUUGAUAGCUUCCUUUUCAUGAUGACUUUUUCUAUAUAAUGGCAAUUAUAAAACCUGAAAAUGUGCAAUCCCCUGUGCCAUUAGUAUUCAUAUAUUGAGUUUAUACUGUAUUCAAUCUUUUCAUUCAAAUUCCACAGCUUGCAUAUAGAAUUACAAAUAAAUUAGUGCUUAGCCAGGAAUUGAACCUAUACACACAGGGAUAAAAAUCACAUAUUUUCACAAAUCUGCUUCCUGCAUAUUUAUUUAUUAUUUUAUAUUUUUUUUAUUUAUUAAGAAAUUUAACGCCCCAUGUGUUGUCUUGAAAUUGAUUUAAUAAACUCUUGUAUCUAGUGUCAAGGUAUCAAUUAAACAAAGCCUUUCUUAUUGACCUGUAUAUUUACCUAAGUGUAAAGGAGCGUAUUUACAAGGUGGACAUCCGUGUUUACCCUACCUUAACUUACACAUUAGUUUAAAGAUAAAAUUGCUUCUUUUCAUUCCAUUGCCUUUUUAGUAACAAAUUAUUGUUAAUACAUUCCAUUAAAGACAGAAUUGUACAAUACAAAACGUCUUACUUGAUAUUGGGUACAGUACACAUACUAU